CUCAAAAUGUUUCGUACAACAUGGCGGGUGUCCUGCUAUCACGUGAUUUGAUGCUAUGUUUUGAUACGAUAAUUUUGGAUUUAGAACAGUAUGUUGCAUAUAUCCCACCGGUCACGUGACAUUUAUCGAUGAUAUGAUUAGUCCAGUAAGUUAGAACAGUCUAUUUAUCAAGACAUACUAAAUUUGUGGAUAUAGAACAGGAUGGUUUCGUUGUAAUUUAUUUAUGAAGCUCUGAAGCACUAAUAUAACAUGCCAAGGAGAUAGAACAGUCCAUUACGGACACAAUUGUGUAUUUAACUUGUUUUUGGAAAAUUUGGAGAUAGAACAUUACAGUUUUCAAGCGACGAUUUAUAUUGGCAUGCCUGUGUGCAAACAUGAAACGUUUGUGUUUACUUUUAUGUCAUAAGCUCAUCUCGUGUUUUGAUUAUUAAUAACAAAUAAAACAGAAACAUAACAGUUAACAGAAACAUAACAGUAAGGAUAAGACAAUACGAAUGUUUAGAAAUAUUUAUUAAUGCGAAAGUGUCUCUGUCUUAAACGCCGGUGUUUCAGGGGGGAACAUUCUGCGUAUGUCAUGAGUGCCGAUCAAGAACACCCUCUGAUAUUAUCCGAGGUGUUACGAAUUUAACUUCCUUUCUCCUGCUGCAGCCGAAUUUUUUGGCGCAAAUUUUACCUAUUUUCAUUUUUGUGUAAAUUUAGCAAGGAAAACAUAGAAAAGCAGCAGCAAAAGGAUGACUCUAAAGUGGCAGUGCUGAAGGCUUUAGAAUCAGAAACAGCUUACAGAAAAGGAAAGGACCAGAAGACUAAGCCUUUGAUGCAAAUAAUUAAGCUUGAAGAUGAUAGGAAUUUUGGGAGACUUCUUUCUUCUGCACCAGAGUCGGCACCAAAGUUGGUUGCAAUUGAGAAAGAUGAACGAAUUGUGAACAUGGCUAUUGUUUGUGAGGGUACACACAUUCUUCUAGAGACAGCCGAUUCAAAAGAGGCCAUAUUAAUUGGUUUGAAUUACCUUGCAGACCUAGAUUAUCCAAAGGCAUAUUCACAGGUGUGUUGGUUCCUUCAGCAAACUGAACUUCAGCAGCAGUUUGAUGGGCAUAAGAGCUAUGGAUUUGUUCAAUAUUUAAAGACAGUGAACACGGAAAUGGAGAGGAAAGAAAAGAAGCCAAUGUGACUUAAGUGAUCCAGCUUUCAUAAAAGGAAAAGUUGAACUUUACUUUAAUUUGGAUAAUUAUCAGUUUACACUUUACUCAGAAGUAUGUUUUACUAUUCAGCACUGAGAUAAGUCAAGCACGCUGUCUUACAUACAGCUCUUGUUGGACUUGGGUUAAUAUUAUAGCUCUUUGGUUAAUAUAGCAAUGUUGGAAAUUUGUGUGCAAUUUCAAGUACUUUCAUAGUUUAUUGUAGGAAUGGCAACAAAUACUGAUUUUGGUAUUCGAAUAUUGGUAUAGAG